ACUGAUGAAGAAGAAUUGAUUCAUCAGAAAGAACUUGAAGCUGAAGCUCGUGGUAUUUCAUUUUCUGAAUAUCAAGUACAGAAACGUAGUGUUAAAGAGAUUGAAGAGGGAGAAAGAAAAGAGCUGGGAAUGGUUAUGAUGUCAAAGAAACAGAAAAAAUUGUAUGCAAAGAUACAAUACGGAAAAAACCAAAAAAAAGAAAAAGUACAAAAUUUAGAAAAGAAGAAAAGAAAUCUUACGAAUCAAAAAAAACAAAAAAGUUAG